AUGGGAUCGCCUUGCAUGUUCCCGAAGACUAUCCAAACGUACGAUAGUAUAUGGUUCAUCAUCGACAACUCACAACACGCCAUCCUCGACGAGUCCAAGACGCAGUGUGUCGUGAUCGGAAGGAUAUCUCGUCUGCUUCACAUUGCCUGCGACAAUGUGGUGAAGGCGUGGGUCGAGCUCGAGCUUGGCGAUCUGCGCAGUGUCAGUGAUGGCUUUCUCAAGUUCUGGCUCAGCCAGCGACGGUUCUACCUUCCCUUUGGGUGGAAUGGAUGGACCGUCACCAAGCGCGUCCACCUCGUGCAACAACAUGCGGGCUUGCUCUAUAACCAUCACAUUAGGUGGCACCUGGGCGACAGGUGGGCCACACCGGCGAGCGGCGCACAACCAGCAGCGUGGAGCACGACCAGCACGAUCGGCGGCGCGGAGCACGACCAGCACGACGACUAG